AUGAGCGAGGAGAAGCACGACGGAGCUGCAGCGAUGAAUGGUCCUGCAGCAGAUUCGCCCUCAGCAACGGAGCCUGCGAACGCUUCUGUUGCAGCAAACCAUGGAAUGGAUAAUGGUGACACAAACGGAACAGUAGACAAUGAAGUCUCAGAAAAAGAGACAGGCCUUGCGCAGCAAAGUACACACAGCGACGCUACAAGCCCGGUCGACUUGAGGCAUGAGAAAACAAUCAGCGAAUCUAUCGACCUUGAAAACAAGCAGGCCUUCAAGGGAGAUGAUUCAGAUGGCAAGGUUGAAUGGACAGUUCGCAAGCUAUUUGCUUCGGCUUUCUUGGCAAUGCUGUAUACAGGCUCGCAAAUCCCAUUAUACUUUGUUGGUGGUUGCUUGACCUUCAUAGCUGAAGAAAUUGGUGGUACAAACGCCUCCAUCAUCGGUUGGUUGCCAACGGCAAACACGCUUGCUAUUGCGGCUAUUUGCCCCUUCGUAGGCUAUCUUGACGAUCUAGUUGGUAAACGCUACAUCACUCUCCUGGGUGCUGUUUUUAUCUGCUUAGGAUGCGUUCUCGUUGGCACGGCGCACUCCUUUGCACAGGCCAUUAUUGGAAUGGGCUUUGCCGGCGCCGGUGCAGGCAUCGGAGAGCUGACUGGUCUAGCUGGUCUUAAUGAAACCGUUCCUGUUAAGUAUCGUGGUUACAUCACCGCUGUGUUGACAGCAUUCGUGUUUCCCUUUACUCCAUAUGUACUAUACAGUGAACUUCUUUCGACUCACCAUACCUGGCGAUGGGGCAUGUGGAUCUCCCUUAUCUACAAUGGGGUGACCGGACUCGGCCUUCUGUUCACAUAUUUCCCUGUCGCCCAUGUUCGUGCUGAGGGUUUAUCUGCUCUGGAGAUUAUCAAGCGCAUCGACUUUAUCGGUGGUAUCUUAUCAAUAGUCGGCCUUACUAUAUUCCUUGUGGCAUUGCAAGCCGGCGGCUACAGUCACUCUUGGACUUCUGCCUAUGUUCUCUGCACGCUAAUUAUCGGUAUAUUUACCUUGAUUGCAUGGAUUAUAUAUGAGUGGAAGUUUGCAAAGCAUCCUAUGGUUCCAGGUGGUCUAUUUCAGAAACAGCGUGUCGUUGCGCUUGCGUACGUAGUGGCCUUCGUUGCUGGCAUGAACUUCUUUUCAUACCUCAACUUCUGGCCUCUGCUCAUUUCGCACGUGUACAAUCCAGAUCCUGUCAAAGUUGGCCUUCGGGGCAUUGGAGCCGGCCUUGGAACCACGAUUGGAGCCAUCCUUGCCAGCGUUUUGGUAUCUAUGUUUCCAAGUCGGGUGAAUUUGAUUUUAUUUGCAUUUGCUACCAUAAUUACCGCAUUCGGUGGUGCGCUUUCCGUCGUUACUCCGGAUAACGAGGUCACCACGGUUGUGCUCGGCUCAUUUUCUACGUUUGGACUUGGAGGAAUCAUAGUCCCCGCCGCGCUGACAGCUAUGAUUGCCGCUCCGGAUGCGCUUAUCACUACUUGCGCCGCUCUUUCUCUUAGUGUUCGCGCCGUAGGUGGCUCGAUUGGCUAUAGCAUCUACUUCAACAUCUUUUCGAAGAAACUCAAGACGCGUCUGCCUACGUAUGUUGCCGGGGCUGCAAUCAAAGCUGGGCUCCCAGUCGCAGAGGCAGAGAAUUUCGUGGGUGCCUUGCUGCAAGCUCCAGACCUGCUUGCAAAGUUGCCGAACAUCACGCCUCAAAUCAUCGCAGCCGGCACGUACGGUGCGCAGCUCGCAUACGCCGAGAGUUUGCGAUACGUGUGGUGGACCAGCAUUUCCUUCGGUGUUUUGGCUAUGGUCGCAGCUCUGCUGAUCCCAAGCACCAAGAAAUUCCAAACAAACCGAAUCGCCGUCGCCCUGUAG